GAGAGCGGCGCCAUGGGUGCGAGCGAGGCGGUGCUGCUGGGGCUCCUGCUGGGGGUCCUGGGCGAGGCGGCGUGCGAGUCGCACUCCCUGCGGUACUUCCUGACGGGGAUUACGGAUCCCGGACCCGGGAUGCCGCAGUUCAUGGCCGUCGGGUACGUGGACGGCAAAGCCUUCGGGAACUACGACAGCGAGCGCCGGACGGUGCAGCCCAUCGUGGAGUGGCUGGCACAGGAGGACGUGAAGCACUGGGAUGCGGAGACCAAGAAGGCCCGGAGCGGUGAGCUGGAUUUCUACGUGGCUCUGGACUGGCUCCAGGAGCACUACAACAAAAGCAGAGGCUCUCACACGCUGCAGAAGAUGUUCGGCUGUGACAUCCUGGAGGACGGCAGCAUCCGAGGGUAUGAUCAGUUUGCAUUUGAUGGGAGGGACUACAUGGCCUUUGAUAUGGACACAAUGACGAUCACUGCGGCCAACGCGGUCGCACAAAUCACCAAGAGGAAUCUGGAGGAUGAAGGGACGUAUGCUGAGAGAUGGAAGCAUGAGCUGGGGACCGUCUGCAUUGAGAACUUGAGGAGGUACCUGGAGCACGGGAAGGCUGUGCUAAAAAGGAAAGAGCGGCCCGAGGUGCGAGUGCGGGGGAAGGAGGCUGACGGGAUCCUGACUUUGUCCUGCCGCGCUUACGGCUUCUACCCACGGCCCAUCGCCAUCAGCUGGAUGAAGGACGGUGUGGUCCAGGACCAGGAAACCCACUGGGGGGGCAUCGUGCCCAACAGCGACGGCACCUACCACGCCUUGGCCACCAUCGAUGUGCUGCCGGGGGACGGGGACAAGUACCGUUGCCAUGUGGAGCACGCCAGCCUGCUCCAGUCCAGCCUCUUCUCAUGGGAGCGGCAGCCCAACCUGAUCCUCAUUGUGGCUGGAGUGGUCUUCGUGGCUGUUGUCGCUGCUGUCAUUGGAUUGCUGGCAUGGAAGUGCAAGUCAGGGAAGGAUGAGAAAGGUUACAGAGCUGCACUAGGGAGUGAAUCUUCCAUCUGAGUGCUGUGCUACUUCAGCUGGCCCUGCGUGCGUUUGGAGUUUGUGGGUGUGUGUAUCUCAGCUCAACCUGCUGUGUCUUCUUGGGCUGACAUUCCUCUGCUCCGUUCCGUGAGGUUUUCUCCUGGGGGUGACCCACUUCCGGGCAGAGCGCUGUGCAUCAUUUUGGGGAAGAUACCAUGGCGGACGCAUCGGGAUGAGAGCACCGGGUUCUGGGCCCAGGGGACAAGUGGAGCCUCUGGAAGAGGCCAAGAAGAAAAGAGUUCAUGUCCCAAACACUCCGUAGAAGUGCAAAAGAAAUCAGCACAGCAAUGAGACGAGGAGUGUGUGGAGGAGGUGGUGGUGUGAAGGUGAGGCAGCCAUUUCCUUCGCUCCUGGAGCUCUGCAGGUCCCACUGAGUAACAACAGGAGAACUCAGACCAGGAGAAUGUCUCACAAAGCAUGGCGGUGCUCCAAGUAGACCCAACCGGUGCUCAUUUGGUGGGGUGGACAGCAAGAGACCCUCCGCCCCACCGACCCAUUGCCAGAGUAUUCAGAUGGGCUCUGCCCACCACCUGAGACCCUUCUGGGAUGGUCUGAAGAAGGACUCAGCCCUACCAUAGGUGGGCACAGGAACACAGAAAGCAAAGGUGCAUAGGAACAUAUAAGGCGCCCCACACUUAGGGGAACAGCUGUGACAUCGCUGGGUACAAGGGCAGUGAGUGCAUCUUCAUCUCUCUCCUCUCUCUUCCUCUUCCUCUCUUUCUUUCCAAGCCAUACCAGAAUGUAACACAAGGCAUAGCACCACAGCUUAUUGCUAAUUGGGUACAUCGUUGUGAUUGUUCAUAUAUUGAGCUUGACUGGAGUUACAGCACCAAAUUGGGCAUCCUUCAACCAGAGCUCAGCCCCUCCAGGGCCCUGACAGCUGAGAACAAGCUGGAGCACGAGGGGAGUUGUUUUCUGCCAAAUUUCUUUGCACUCUUUGUGUGACGCCUUUCCAGUCAAAUAAAGCUCAGCAGUUUGGAUUGCUGGUUUGCAGCUCA